AUGGAAGAAGACCCAACUACACAGCUUCUAGCUUUACUUCAAUCUAAAACUGAAGAGCUUAAUACUCUUCAAUCCCAGCAAAACUCCUCACAAUCUGCUGUCCUUUCGAGAGAAAUUAUCAAUUUAGUUGAUACUGCUCCGCCACUUAAUGGCCUCCCCAAGCUUGCCAGAGCCAAACUCCUGUAUUACAAAGGCCGCGCCUUAGCUACAAAAGAUACCUAUGACAAGUCAGCUGAAGACAACCUUACCAGAAGUGUCAAGCUUGACCCCACAAAUGGAGAUGCAUGGAAUUGGAUGGGCGAAAUGUUAUAUCUAAAAGGCGACUACGCCCAAAGCAUAAUUAAAAUAUGGCGUCGCUCCAAUUUAUGGUCUCCUGACCCAAAAUUUAUCUCUUGCAUAUAUUUUAAUUUAUGAGGUUUGGCAUCCACUUAUGAAAUUAUCCCCAGCUAUAUCAGGGAAGCAAGAGCUGGGUGCUGUUUCCUACGGACUCCUGACCUUAGAGAAUGAAUUUUCCAGAAGGGUACCACUUACCCAGAGGUGGAGACUGGAAUCUUUAGGGUUCCGUUCGGACCUAAGUAAGUGUCUGAGCUCAAAGAAGAGUCAUCAAAGCCUUAACUCUAAGAUUCGCGUCUUCUUUUGGUGGUCAAAGUUGGAGAUGGCCAUACCUUUGGCGGGCACAAAAUUCGCCCCAGAGCGGUGCUAGAGGUAGCUGCAUCAAGCAACCUAUAAGUGGACGUUAAACUUGUAUAGAUUAAUUAAUAUUAAGACUACGCCCAAAGCAAACGUUGCUUUGAAGGCGCUUUAGAACACACAGGCCCUAAUAAAGAAAUUUUAAGAAAAUUAUCAAUGAUUUCAAGAUUUGUGGGAAAUGAUGAGGAAAGAAAAAAUAAUGUGGCUAAUAGUGUAGGACUAGCUAAACAAGCUUUAGCUAUUGAUAUUAAGGAUGGGAAUUCUUGGUAUGUCCUUGCAAAUGCUCAUUUGACCAAUUUUUUUAUUAAUAGGCCAUCAUCUGAAGAAUUAAACAGAGCUCUGAAGGCAUAUGGACAAGCUGAAAACUUUUUGGACGCGCCGAAUCCAGAUUUAUGCUAUAAUAGAGGAGAAGCUUAUAAGUACCUAGAAAGGUACCAAGAAGCAAUAAUAGAGUUCCAAAAAGCCCAUGAAUUAGACCCAGCGUUAAAUGCUCAAGGACAAAUCAGCCAAAUCAUGGAACUAGUCAGCUUGAUUAACCAAAAAAUCCGAACAAGCUGUGGGAUCAAGAAAAAAACGCUAUCUGCAAUGGUAAAAACAAUGCCUAUCACUAUAAAAAGCAAGCCAUUUGGAGAAAACUACAGCCCUGCCCACUUAGGACUGCUUGAAGCUGGCAAAAAUCAAUCAAAAAUCCUCAUCUGUAAAGUCUUAGGAACUGCUGCUAGCGGCCCAGAAGCGACUCCUGCCGUUUUUAUCGCUUGUGACUCUCAAGGCAUCUUUUUUUGUUUAAGUGUUUACAAUAUAAAUUCCCAAAUCCAUCAGCUUUUUACCUUUGAGUCAGUCCUUUUUAUAGGAGAUCCUUUACUAUCAAAAGUCCAGCUUACUUUUGGAGAAAUUGUAAAAAAUAUAUAGAACAUUGAAUAUUGAAAUAUAAAAGUGGUCGACCCGAAUUCACUGCUAAUUGAUAGCAAAAAAAUAGAAGGAGCAUGCAGCCCAGGGGUUGUUGUUAACCAGGCUUUAUAA